AUGGAAAGACUGACAACUAGGGGACCCCCUGGCCAUCCUCACCAGGGGAAGGCCUCUGCCUGCUGGAGGCUCACUGUGAGGGUCCUGGAGGCACGGAACCUGGGCUGGACUGACCUGUUAAGUGAGGCAGACCCCUAUGUGACCCUAGAGCUGCCAACCGUCCCUGGAACAAAGUUCAAGACCAAAACAAUCACCAACUCCAGUCAUCCUGUAUGGAAUGAGACCUUCAGUUUCCUAAUCCAGAGUCAGGUCAAGAAUGUUCUGGAGCUAAAUGUCUAUGAUGAGGACUCAGUCACGGAGGACGAUGCCUGCUUCAAGGUUCUCUAUGACGUCUCAGAAGUCCUCCCAGGCCAGCUGCUCCGGAAGACCUUCUCCCUGCGUCCCCAGGGACAGGAGGAGCUGGACGUGGAGUUCAAGCUGGAAAAAACGUCAGACUCUCCAGAAAACCUCAUCACCAACAACGUCCUUGUGGCCCGAGAGCUGUCCUGCCUGGAUGUCUGUCUGGACCAUGCUGGGAGCACCACCACGGUCACGGACCAGGGCAAGCUGGAGCUGGAGCUGGUGCUGAAGGGGUCCUAUGAAGACACGCAGACAUCCGUGCUGAGUCCAGCCUCUGCCUUCCGCUUCCAUUACAUGGCAGCCCAGGAGGGAAAACUGAGUGCGCGUCUGAGGAGCUCUGCAAGUAACAGCUGGAGUUCAGACAAGUCAGCUGGACAUCUCACUGUGCCCCUGAGGUCCUUGGCCGUAGGAAAGGAGGUGACCUUUCACAUUCCUACUACAAAUACCCCAGGAGUGAGGCUGCAGCUCAAGGCUGAGGGCUGCCCUAAGGAGCUGGAUGUGCACCUGGGCUUUGAUCUGUGUGCAGAGGAGAAAGCCUUCCUGAGCAGGAGGAAGCAGGUGGUGGCCAAGGCUCUCAAGCAGGUCCUGCAGCUGGACAGAGACCUACAGGAAGAUGAGGUCCCCAUUGUGGGCAUUAUGGCCACAGGAGGAGGUGCCCGGGCCAUGACCGCUCUCUACGGCCACCUGUUGGCCCUGCAGAAGCUGGGCCUCCUGGACUGUGUCACCUACUUCAGCGGCAUCUCGGGCUCUACAUGGACAAUGGCCCACCUCUACGGGGACCCCGAGUGGUCACAGAAGGACCUUGAAGGACCCAUCAAAUAUGCCAGGGAGCACCUGGUCAAGAGCAAGAUGGAGGUCUUCUCCCCGGAGCGCCUAGCGAGCUACCACCAGGAGCUGGAGCUGCGGGCGCAGCAAGGCUACCCCACGACUUUUGUGGACCUGUGGGCUCUCGUGCUGGAGUCCAUGCUGCACAACCAGGUGAUGGACCAGAAGCUGUCGGAACAGAGAACAGCACUGGAGCAGGGCCAGAACCCUCUGCCCCUCUACUUGAGCCUCAAUGUCAAAGAGAACAAUCUGGAGACCUUCGACUUCAAGGAGUGGGUGGAGUUUUCCCCCUAUGAGGUUGGGUUCCUGAAGUAUGGAGCCUUUGUCCCCAGCGAACUCUUCGGCUCCGAGUUCUUCAUGGGGCAGCUGAUGAGGAAGCUCCCUGAGUCCCGGAUCUGCUUUCUGGAAGGUAUCUGGAGCAAUAUUUUGUCCCUGAAUUUGCUGGAUGUCUGGUAUGACCUCCUCAGCUCUGAGGACACCCGGAAGCAGCACCUCAAGGACAAGAUCAGGAAUCUGGAGGAGUCUCCUGCCUCCUUGAAGACCUCCUCGUGGCUGGAGGCCUCAUGGCUGCAACCCGGGACAGCACUGGCCAAGGCGUUUAAGGGUUUGCUGACGGGCAGGCCUCUCCACCAGCACAGCUGCAACUUCCUCCGGGGCCUUCAGCUGCACCGGGACUACUAUAGCCAGAAAGACUUCUCCACCUGGGCAGACUGCCCACUAGACUCCACCGCUAGCCAGCUGACCCCUCAGGAGCCCCAGCUUUGCCUGGUAGAUGCCGGCUACUUCCUCAACACCAGCUGUCCCUCCAUGUUCCGGCCAGGCCGCAGGCUGGACCUCAUUCUCUCCUUCGACUACUCUCUACCCUCAUCCUUUGAGGCACUGCAGCAGACUGAGGCGUACUGCAGGGCCCGGGGACUGCCAUUCCCUCGGGUGGAGCCCAGCCCUCAGGACCAACACCAGCCACCAGAGUGCCACCUCUUCUCAGAUCCCUCCUGCCCUGAUGCCCCUCUCCUGCUGCACUUCCCACUGGUCAACGCCUCCUUCAGGGACCACUCAGCCCCCGGUGUCCAGCGCAGCCCUGCAGAGCUCCCGGCGGGCCAGGUGGAUCUCACUGGGACUGCCUCGCCCUACUCCCUGUUCAACAUGACCUACAAGGAGGAAGACUUUGAUCACCUGCUGCAACUUAGUGACUAUAACGUGCGGAACAGCCAGGGCGCCAUUUUGCGGGCCUUGAGGACUGCCAUGAAGCACCGGGCCCUGGGGGCCAGGCUUCGAGCAUCGCAGAAUUGA